AUGGCUCAUCGGCUCGCGUCGGGGACUCUGGUGCCGCCCCUCGCUGCCCUAUGGCGAGGGGGCUGCCGGACGCACACACCGGCUGGACUCAGGGACCUGGCACCGAUCCGGCAGUGGCUCAAGGGGAUCCGCACUCCGCAGCAGGGCUAUCCAGGGAGCAUAGCAUCCGCUUGGCAAUGGCUCUGCUCAAAACCACCCAAAGGCUUUGAGAAGUAUUUUAAGAAGAAUGGAAAAAGUCCCGGCCCAGCAGAGGAUGCUCACCUGACUAAAGGCCUCCCUGAUCCAAAAGAUCUCGGUCACGGGGGAAAUGGCGGAGGAGGUGGUGGCAAGAGAGGAGGGAAGAAGGAGGAUUCUGGGUGGUGGAGGCGCGUGUGGAAGGGAGAGUUCCCCUGGGAUGACAAGAACUUCUGCUACCUGGUUGUCAUGGGGGCAGGCGCUGCCGUGGGAUUCCUCUAUUUUUUUUGGCAAGAUCCUGGCAGAGAAAUCAACUGGAAGCAUUUUGUCCAUUACUACUUGGCUAGAGGAUUGGUGAGGAAAUGUCGUCUGUGUCUGUGUGUGAGAGAAUGGCUCUCUCCUGGCUCAUUGUGCACGUUUUCCCCAUUUGUCCACUUGUGACUAGCAUGGCGCUUGGGUUACCAAGUUGCCUCUGAAUCCUGCUGACUCCGGGCUGGGGGAGACCACCCCCAGAGGGCCUCUGGAAAGCAGGGACUAUUCGGGCACCAUUCGGAGGCUGGAGUCAGGGGGCAGCUUCUGUUUUGAUCAGGGAGAGCCCCGUUAUCAGAGCAUGGGCACCCCCAUUCCUCACUCCCUGCCAAUUGUUCCCAGAGGACUGGGUGUUACACGUCAACUGAUCCUGUGCGAGGGCUCCCACACGAGCCCUGGGCUGCCCUUUACCUCUAGCUUCACAGCAGAAGCAUGUGACUUGCAAGGCCUUGUGUGCCUUGUGCCAACUGCCUCGAAAUCCUGGGCAAGGUCCCUGGGUUCUGCAGCCUCUGGUGGAAGUUCUGCAGAAGCUUCAUAUCCCCGGAGGGGAGGGAGGUAUUGAGUUAAUAAUGAAGUCCCUGCCAGAGCCUCUGUUGUUUUAUUCUGACUUUGUUUAUUUUAUGCUGUCUCCAAAAUUUCAGUUUUCAGUGUGGCACAAGUUGCCAUCCUUAGGUUUCAGAGUUAACACCCCAUUAAUAACGGGGUGGUUUGUACUUCCGAGUCGUUGUUUUAGGCUUUCUGCAGACUCAGGCAGGCAUCUCUAUGUCCAUUUAUGCUUGGUUCAUGUUGUCCAGCGUUUCACCACAACUAUGAGGUCUAGAAGAGUGUCAGUGUCUCUGUGUGUCUGUCUAAGGAAGCAGAGAUUCUGGAGCUCACUUCUCCCAUCCGUUCUUACCAGGGGAGCCCCAGAGCACUUGUGGCCGCCAGUGCUCCGGGCUGGCCACAGAAUACAUCGGGAUAAUGGGGGCGUCUGGGUUGCUGUAGGAGCCUACCUUAAAGUUAGCGUAUUAUGUGAACCAGCGUCCCCCUGACUGUUCCCUGGAGACUGGCUCUGUGCCCUGCUGUCUCGGGCCCCAGUAAUUAUGGGAAGCCCUAGGUGGGGCUGUCUGCGGGUAUCUCUCAGCAAGGCAGCCCAUGGAGACUUCCCCAGACCUGUGUCCUGGUGCUGCUCUGCUGUUUGGCUGGGACCCCCUAGCCACGCCUGUGUAACUGCCCUUGCUGCCCGCUCCACGGGCUGCUGAUGCCGUUCCGCGUGCCGUUUGGCUGGUCCCUGCUGAGGUGCUAUUGGGAUUGCUGCUGGAUGGACACAGCUCAGUGUAUGUCAUGGCUGGUGGGAUGAGGACGGCCUGAGCCUAUUACAGGGACUCCGCCAUCCGUGUAGCGUAGACCCCACUCCUUUCUAGUGUGGUUGGUUUAAAAGGACUGUAGCCUCUGGCUCCCAGCUACCCCAUGGUGUCUGGUAAAUACUCCCAGUAGAGCAGCUAGGGCUGGGCUGC